ACAUAACAAACUAGUGUCUCGACAAAUAAAAUAAGGAAAUUUGAAGAAAUUGGCACAACAAACAUGGAAUCAAACAACAUCCCAAAUGUUGGACCAGCUACAAGCCUACUUAAAGGACACCCAUAUUUUUAAUCAAAUAUAUAGUUCGGUUCACCACUAUAACUGUUUGAUUAUAAACCGGUUUAUGUUUUCAAAACCAGUUCGUGUCCGAUUCAAAACUCGUUUAUAACAAAAAAACCAAUUUUCAAAGGCUGAACCACUCUCUCCCUCUCUACGACUGCGCCGUCACCAAUGUCGAAGGCUGUUCUCUCUCGAAUCAAACCUCGCCACCGCCUUAAAGGUUCCCCAUCUUCUUCUUCUUUGCCUCCACGCAUCAAAAACCUCAUCACCGACGUCAUCCAUAUCCUCAAAACCCAUCAAUAUCGUGAUUCUCUCGAAUCACGCUUCGCUGAAUCCGAAGUCGUUGUUUCUGAUGUUGCCCAUUUCGUUAUUGAUCGAAUUCAUGACCCUGAACUUGGUUUAAAGUUCUUUGAUUGGGCUUCCACUAUACCCUUUUCUUCUCCUCUUAAUGGACUUGCUUAUUCUUCUCUUCUCAAACUCAUGGCCAAGUAUAGAGUGUUCUCGCAGAUGGAAUUGGUCUUGGAGAGUAUGAAAGCUCAAAACUUGAAACCUACCUUUGAAGCAUUAAACAAUGCUAUUUGUGUGUAUGCGGAACAUGGGUCUGUUAAUAGAGCACUUCAGUUGUUCAAUACGGUUCGUGAAGUGCAUAAUUGUUUUCCAAGUGUUUUUGCUAACAAUUCAUUGCUUAAUUGUUUGGUGAAAAAUGGUAAAGUUGAUAUUGCACUUGAAGUGUAUGAUAAAAUGCUUCAGAAGGGUGGUGAUGAUGGAAUGGAUGUGGUUGUUGAUAACUAUAGUACCUCAAUUGUGGUGAAGGGUUUGUGUGAUCUUGGGAAGGUUGAGGAAGGUAGGAGGUUGAUUAAUGAUAGAUGGGGAAAAGGUUGUGUUCCUCAUGUAGUGUUUUAUAAUGUGAUCAUUGAUGGAUAUUGCAAGAUGGGUAAUCUCAGAGGUGCUACUAAAGUUCUAGAGGAAUUGAAAUUGAAGGGUUUUUUGCCUACGUUGGAAACUUAUGGGGCUUUGAUUGCUGGAUUUUGCAAAGUUGGGAAUUUCCAAGUAGUUGAUCAACUUUUGAAAGAAAUUAAUGUGAUGGGAUUGAAUGUGAAUGUGUUAGUGUUCAAUAAUAUUAUUGAUGCUCAAUACAAGCAUGGUUUGGUGGAAGAAGCUUCCGAGACAAUGAGAAGGAUGGCUGAGAUGGGUUGUGAGCCAGAUAUUACGACUUAUAAUAUUCUGAUUAACUUUUCAUGUAGUGGUGGAAGGAUUAAAGAAGCUGAAGAGUUCAUAGAGAGGGCGAAAGAAAGGAGAUUGCUGCCUAAUAAGUAUAGUUAUACACCAAUCAUGCAUGCUUACUGUAAACAAGGGGAUUAUGUUAUGGCAUCAGAUAUUCUUUUUAAGAUUGCUGAAAGUGAAACAGGAGGUAAACCGGACUUAGUUUCUUAUGGAGCUUUUAUCCAUGGAAUUGUCACUGUUGGGGAAAUUGAUGUUGCACUAAUGGUCCAAGAGAAAAUGAUUGAGAAGGGUGUAUUUCCCGAUGCUCAGAUUUACAAUAUUCUGAUGAGUGGUCUCUGCAAGAAAGGAAGGUUUCCUGCUGCCAAACUACUACUUUCAGAAAUGCUUGAUCGAAACUUACAACCUGAUGCACAUGUUUAUGCCACCUUGGUAGACGGGUUUAUUCGAAACGAUGAACUUGAUAAGGCAACAACACUAUUUGAAGUUGUAAUGAGUAAGGGUAUAGACCCUGGCAUUGUGGGGUAUAAUGUCAUGAUUAAGGGUUUAUGUAAAUUCGGAAAAAUGACUGAUGCUGUAGCAUACUUAAAUAAGAUGAAAGUUGCACAUCAUACUCCUGAUGAAUACACUUAUUCCACAGUUAUAGACGGAUACGUAAAACAACAUGACUUAGAUAGUGCACUCAAGAUGUUUGGACAGAUGAUGAAACAGAAAUGCAAGCCAAAUGUAGUUGCCUACACCUGCCUGAUCAAUGGAUUCUGCAAGAAAGCAGACAUGAGCAGGGCUGAAAAAGUUUUCAGAGGGAUGGAAUCUUUUGAUUUAGAGCCUAAUGUUGUCACAUACACCAUACUUAUUGGUGGUUUUUGUAAGGCCGGUAAACCUGAAAAGGCUGCAUCGUUUUUUGAGUUAAUGCUGAUGAGAAAUUGUGUUCCAAAUGAUACUACAUUCCAUUAUCUCAUAAAUGGCUUAACAAAUAUUACAGACAGUACACUUCUUAUCAGAAAAAAUGAGGAAAAUGACAGGUCUUUAAUUUUGGAUUUCUUUGCAACAAUGAUAUCAGAUGGAUGGAGUCAAAUGAUUGCAGCUUAUAAUUCUAUUAUUGUUUGUCUUUGUAAGCAUGGAAUGGUUGACACUGUCCAGUUGUUGCAAACUAAGAUGCUGAGGAAGGGAUUUCUUAUGGACUCUGUAUGUUUCACUGCCCUGCUACAUGGCUUAUGUCAAACAGGAAAGUCAAAAGAGUGGAAGGACAUUAUAUCCGGCGAUAUGAAUAAGAUUGAAUUCCAAACUGCUUUCGAAUACUCCCUGAAAUUAGACAAAUACCUUUAUCAAGGAAGGCUCUCAGAAGCAUCGUUUAUUUUACAGACCUUGAUUGAAGACUCCAAGUUUUCUGAUCAACAAGACAAAGAUCAAAGAGUUACAAGCUUGCAGUAAAGCACGGAGUGAAGAAAUCCCCUUACUUCAUUUGGAGAUUCUACCAAGACACAUUGUUAUUCAAUCCAACAGUCUCAUAUAAUGCACUGCGAAAAUGACAUUUGCAUAGGCUUAAAGGACACCCAUAUUUUUAAUGCUUGGUGACAGCCGGCAACAAAGAGUCAAUGAAUAAAAACUAAAUUACUUUUAGAUGUGGAGAAGAUCAUUGUUAUCAUCUUAUGCAUUCAUUUGAAGCUUCUACCAAAGAAUUAAAGUGUGUGAUAACUGCAGAAAGCAUUAAGUAUGGGUUUGACAUUCUUCAAGGCAUCCAAAAUGAGAACAGGAGUGAAAGAGUCAACGAAGAUACCCGUAUUUAUUGAAGCGUUACUUCAGGAUGUGGUUGCUGAGAAUGAAUUUGAGAAAAAGUUGGACCUUUAGAAAAUGUGAAGGACACCUUGAAGGAAUUGGUCAUGCUUCCUCUUAAAAGGCCUGAACUGUUUUGUAAAGGACAAUUAACUAAGCCUUGUAAGAGAAUAUUGCUUGUCAGACCCCUGAUACGGGAAAAACAAUGCUCGCCAAGGCCGUAGGCUGUAGCAACUGAAGCUGAUGCAAAUUUCAUAAACAUUUCAAUGUCCAACAUUACUUCCAAGGUUGAUAUAGUAUGUUAGGAAGAUGUGAAAACCCUGGUGAACAUGAGGCUAUGCGUAAAAUGAAGAAUGAGUUUAUGGUAAAUUGGGAUGGUCUGCAUACAAAAAAAAAAGCGUAUUACUUGUUCUUGCUGCUACAAAUAGGUAUUUUGAUCUUGAUGAGGCUGUUAUUAAGAGGCUUUCCCGGAGAUUGAUUGGUUAAUUUGCCAGAGACUCCAAAUAGAGGAAAACUUUUAUUUGUCAUUUUAGCAAAAGAAGGUUUGGCACCUGAUGUUGAUUACGAAUCAAUAGAAGGUUUAGCAAAAGAAAUUUUAUUUGUCAUUUUAGCAAAAGGACUGACGGAUACUCUGGAAGUGACAUAAAGCAUGUGUCACAGCAGCUCACUCUCCAAUAAGGGAGAUCUUGGAGAAGGAAAAGAAGUUCAUCUCAAUCAACAAACUGGAGCAUGAAGAGAAUCUCGUUGCAGCAUUCUGAUAUUUUGACAAGGACGACAGUGAUUAUAUUAUAGUUGAUGAACUUCAACAAGAUCUUAUCUUUUGGUUCAAAACAGUGUUAUAAUUUGUACCUACACAAGUUUCAUUAAUUCAAAACAUUUCAGUCAGACAAUAA